GGCGGCCGGGAGGGAGGGCGGGCGGCGGCCGCGGCGGGAUGGAGUCGGUGGUCUUCAUCUUCUCGCUGAUCGACUGCUGCGCCCUCAUCUUCCUCUCCGUCUACUUUAUAAUUACUCUCUCAGAUUUGGAAUGUGACUACAUUAAUGCUCGAUCCUGCUGCUCAAAACUCAAUAAAUGGGUGGUCCCUGAGGUGAUUGGCCAUGCUGUUGUCACUGUAUUAAUGCUUAUUUCAUUGCACUGGUUCAUCUUUCUCCUUAAUUUACCAGUAGCAACGUGGAAUAUAUAUAGGUACAUUAUGGUGCCAAGUGGAAACAUGGGGGUGUUUGAUCCCACAGAGAUCCACAAUCGAGGACAACUGAAAUCACACAUGAAGGAAGCUAUGAUUAAACUAGGCUUUCAUCUGCUGUGUUUCUUCAUGUACCUUUACAGUAUGAUUCUGGCUUUAAUAAAUGAUUGAGAAGUUGAAAAAGAAUCCUUAGCUGCCAAAUUGGGUCAUCACUCCAGUGACUGGUGGUGGAGCCUCAGACACCUUCCGAACAUACCUAGAUCAGUGUCAUCAUGCAGUAUAUUUUUUCCUCUUUGAACAAGAAAUAUUUUUCUGUAUUUUUAACAUAAAAUCUUUUCAAAAGAC